CAGUUGUUCAGAGUGCAUACACAGGAGCAAUCCUUACCUGAGAACUGAGGGCCUCUUCAAAUCAUCCCUGGACCGUCUAACCAUGAUCGCUAAACUGUCUACUCUUCUCGUGGUGUGCCUCAUCGUGGGAGACAGCGUGGUGAAGGCUCAGGAUGGUAGACUGAAACUCUGUGGGCGCGAGUUCAUCCGGAUGGUGAUUUCGUCCUGUGGAAGCUCUAGCCCUAGUCGCCAUGUGCGUGAAGUGGACCAAGCACACAGGGGCCUCUACAGCGGCCUCCUGGGCCAUGUCAGCAGUGAGCAGUUCCUGAUCACGGGCAGCGGGGAGGUUCAGCAGCAGCAGGUGCCAGAGUGGACGUCUGAGCACAGGCCUUCUGCCGCCGCCUCCUCUGAGCCCGAGGCUGCCAGCGGGGAGCCACAGGGGUCAUGGGCACAACCUGAGGACGCCAGGGAGGCUGAGGCCGAGGCUGAGGCCGAGGAGAGCAGGGCGUUCCACCGUGUCCGUAGAGAAGGGCCCGCAGGGUUGUGCUGCCGCUCGGGCUGCACUAUGAGUGAACUGGUGCAGUUCUGCUGAGAUCCUUCCCCUCACCUGCAGUGGAGUGCUCCAACAGAUGCCUUUAAUUUAACCAUAUUUAAUGUUCUUAUUUAUUGUACCGAAUGCUGGAAGGCUAAAAUAAUAUUUUUACAGUGUUUGGUGUCUUUAAAUUGAAGUGAGCACAACUUGUCAGUGGCUGGAUAGUGAUUAAUGAUAGUAUCUUUGUAUCUGGAAAUCACAGCUUCAACACUUUUUCAGGCUUGUCUUUGAUAAUCCUCUGUUAUAUAUGAAAUAUGUGAAAUAAAAUGUAAAGU